AUGUCUGCACUUCUUGUUAGCAGGACUACUAUAGUGUUGGUACGCGUGAUGGGAGUGAGCUUCAUUGUUGCGCCAAAUCUCCAAGCGUGCAUUACCACUACGCAGCAACACGAUGACCUUGGUCCCUAUAUGAUCAUCUCUUGA